AUGGAAAACUCGAGAAACAGGCAAAAUGAGAAUAUGGGUGUAAACAAAAUGGGGAAGACAAUCAAAAAGAAUUCAUCGCAGGCAGCAACGAAUUUCGGCCACAACGUUGUAACUAGCGGCAGACAUCAUUACCCUCAGUCGAAAAUUCAUCACAUCCACAGAGAUGAUUUCAAGAGUUUUGUCAUGCUCACUACAGGUAGAGAAUCAAACAGGCCUACUAGAACUCAAUCUGAGAUUACUAGGUUGCAGCAAAACAGGCCUCCUCCGUUGGCCAAUGUGAGGCCGCUUGGUCGGUUUCCUAUGCAAGCACCUCCUCCGCGGGCGCCUUACAUUAAUGGACUGGCUGUCCCUCCUUUGCAGCCGAUUAGUGGUCCUCCCGUCUUCGAUAGUUCCUGGAACAACUUCGUCGAGUCUCCAAUCUCAGCUUUCAUGAGAAAGUUUCGAGAAUCGGAGAACUACUACGGUGGUGGUGGUUGUGGUGGUGGCGGUGGUGCUUCAACAGGUAAUCAAUUCCAGUCAUACUCGCCUCCACAACAACAGAAUGUUCAAUUUCAACCGCAGUAUUUUCCAAUACAAACUCAGAUGGUGAACAAUGUUGAGCAAUAUAACCAAACUUUUCCGAAUCUUAAUCCUUCAGUCUCUCUGAAUGUUGCUAGCAAUAGCAACCAAACUUUUCCUAUGAACCCUAGCAAUCAAUUUCUGAAUGGUUUUCCUGAGUCACAAGCAAAUUAUUCUAUGUCACCAAACUCUGAAUACUUGUUAGCUUCACCAACACAGAAAGGGAAUGUCCUAUCCCCUCAGUCACCUCAUAGGCCUCUCCUGUCCCCAAGCAUUUUCUCUUCGCCUUCUUCGCCGGACUACCCUUUCCAACCAUAUCUACAUAAUGAGAUUUUAAGUCCAGAACCUCAGUCUCCGCUUUCUUCAGGCAUAUUUCCUUUCACAAGUUCUCAGAGGCCAGAUGAUGAAUAG